AUGAGCUCCGGCAACAAUGCCGAUGAUUGGGGGCUACUAAGUGUGGCAGACAUCAUCGACAGCGUUGUCGCCACCGAUGAUCACGAAGCCAACGGAUCGACUGAUGUUCCCUUCGCGGUUUCUGAUGAGGCCAGCGUGCCGAGUUUUCUUUUGGAGGCACCGCUGGUGGAAAACCUGCAGCGCAGCCUUCUUUCUGAUGUCAAGAAGCGCCUUUACGCCCACUCAACGCGCAUCGAGCGUGUGUUUGAAGUUCGUUUUCGGAAGGUCAAGCUGUCUUUGUCGUCAUCGAAGAAAAUUCGUGACCGAUUGAGUGAGGCUAUUGUGUCGAUGGGCGCUUCCCUCCCCGUACAAGAGGAGCACACAAGUUUGCUAAGCACCAUCGCACUGCUCGGUGCCGUCACAGAUUGUGAUGAGAAGGGCGCAUACACGUCAGUGCUGCUCGACAGUGUCGCGCAUGUGAACUGGGAUAUUGCGUCUCCACAAUCGUGUCUGGAGCUCUUUCGCAUCGUUGAAGCACACGCUAGCGAGGAUGAAUUGAGUGAUGAAUUGCGUGUGGCGGUCGCGCGUACAAAACUUGGCUUGGCGCUGCGCAGCGGCUGUCUGUCCCUGUUACUCAAGUGCCUCGUUGCACCUUCCGCCCUUCUCACUCUAGACCCUGCCGUGUUUCCCCCCAAGUCAUCGUCGCAGUGCGUCCGUGUCUCUACGGCGACGAUGUCUGAUUUCCUCGUCAAGACGCUCGUGCUGCCCGCUCAGUUCCGGCCGAAGGACUCGUUGCAAUGCUCGGCACACGGCCGCACUCUUCUCCUUCUGGGUGACACGCAUAUUGCCCGCUACGAGGCCUUGGGAACGAUGGGCACGCGUCUUAUCCAGCGCAGCGUGCAGCAGCUUCCGGGCCAGCGCGGGGAUGUUGUUCUACACCCCAACGAAGCUGUUGCUCUGUGCAUACAAGCUCUCGGGCGAGAUGAGCACUUCUGGCACUUUUCCGUUUGCCGAGAGGGUCUGGAUGGAGAGAGUCAUGGCCGUCUAACGCUGCGCACAACCGGCCUCUCGCUAGCGGAGGUGCGCUUCCACUUCUGCGUGACAGGGACGGACACGCUGUGCUGUCUUGUUUCGUCGCAUCCACCCCAACGCACGCGCGGCUGUCUCUACGUGGGCGAGACCUCUCUCGAGGCGCUCUUCGGCACUACGUCGACAAUAACGCUUGCCCCACUUUUCCGCAAUCCAUCGCUUAAUGCGGCGUCGAGACGUCGCACUGCCUUCCACUUUACCAAGUCCGUUUCCGUCGCGGUGGGGCGUGUGACUCUCAAGGACAGGUUUCACCCCUUCUGCAUUGAGAUGUGGGUGUUUCCGAGAAGCGUGGCGAAGGACCAGAUUUUCCUUUCCAUAGGUGACAAGAGUGUUGAGGAGGUGCUUCUCGGGCUGGAGCCUGUCGGCGACGGGGUUCGAUGGCGUGGCGGUGCUCGCACACCGCGCUUAGGACCGUCUUUUGCGAUGUACAACUCCGCCGGCAAGCUGUCCGUGCUGGAACGGUGGUGGCAUGUCGCUCUCAACUUCAACGGGGCGGCGUGGGAGCUUUGGCUUGACCACGAGCUGGUCAGUCGGCAGCCAGCUCUUGUUUCACCCAACGCCAUUGCAAAUGCUAAGUGCGUCGUGGGCAAGAGCUUUAUCGGAUUGGCAGCGGAGGUGCGCGUUUGGCAGCACACCCGCACCGCCGCGGAGCUCGCGCGAGAUGCGCGGAGGCCGCUGCUGGGCAACGAGGACGGCCUCUGUGCGUAUUUCCCACUCGACGAAGGAUACGGCAAUGUGAUCAUGGACUACGCACCGCACCACGAACACGCUCUCUUGCCCUACGGAGAGCCAUAUUGGUGCGCAGUGGGUUCAUUCCCAGUCCUGGGGGAUUCCUUCGACAGUCGGCAGGUGCUUGAUUUUGUGCCACAGGCCUGGAUUGAGGAGGCGGACGGGGUCUUCUUCGCGGCAUCGCGGGAGUCGUACACCAUCGCCGGCGUGCGCUCUGACCACACGCUGUGCGUGUUCGACUAUGCGCGUGACCGGCGGUGCCUUGUAGCGCAGCGUAGCGUCGAGCUUCCAGUUUCUUGGUGUGUCAAGGGCGUCUCUGCGGACCCCGCACGCAAAUCCUUGUGUUGCUGCGCUGUCGCGGUGCCUUUGAGCGGUGCUGCCGCUGCUGCCACCACUAGCGCCGCUCCGCAGGUGUUUCUGUGGGAGAUGUGGGCGUAUGCGGGCCACACUGAAGCUGCUCCACAUGUGCCGUACGAAACCUCGUGGCAAUGCGGAAAAGCCGUCCUGGAGCGCAGCGCCGCACACGCGCAGCGGAUUCUGUGGUCUGCAAAGUACUUGACAGAUCAAUCCACCUGGGCCUCAGUCGUUCCGCCUUUUGUACUUGACCCUGACGAUGCCGUGCUAACCCUGCUGCUUCGGGUGGCUCAGCAGGCUGCUUCGGCACAGACCUCACAGCGUGACCGCGAUCUCGUGCACCAGGCCUGCACUCUGCUUCAGGUGAAUCUGCUCGCACGGCUGUACAGCUCACCGCUCGACUUUGCCCUUCGCGUGGGCGGGUGCUACGACUCGGUGGAGCAGCUGUUGCGGGCAGCGGCGGAGGGUGAGGAGACGGAUUGCUCUGUUGUGACCACGCCAACGUCGCAUCUGCGCGAAUUCAUCAUACGGUUUGCGCUUCGCUGCACUUGUAUGGAUGCCCCGUCUUCCUCCGCACUCCUUCGAUGCUGCUGCCAGUGUUUCCUGACAGAGGGCGGCCGGCUGCUGUUCCUGGAGGCACAAUCGGGCAAGUCGCGAGCGCCUGCGGCAGAGACGGUCUACUGCUGCCUGCUGAAGCUGUAUAGCUCUCUGCACACGUGCUGCGAUCUGCUCUCCGCGCAACCGGCCAGUCAGCUGUCCUCCCUAUUCUCUGCCCUGUAUGCGGAGGCCAUGUACCAAGUGGACCGCUCGCUGCGCGUGAAAAGCGUCGACGGCCUGCUGCGGACAAGCCACUGCUUGGAGGUUUUGGCGGAGGUGCUGCUGUCGGGUUGUGGUAUGGACGGGGAUGCGGCGCGGCUGGAGACGUUGCAGUGCGUUUACAGCACCGCGCUCUUGCGGUGCUGCGAGAAAAUGGUCGACGCUGUUUCGACGGCGUUGCGACAGCUGCCUGAAGCGGAAACGACGUUUCUCAAGUGCCUGCAGCUCAGCCCGAUUGGAGCACUGCUCGCCUCGUUCGCUGUAUCCCUUCCACUGCUCCCGACAUCCGCCCUCGCUGCGUGCUCGGUGUCGUUGCAAAAGUGCCGAGAGUCCCUCCUCGUGCUGAUCGACCGUUUUCCCGGCGAGGAGGCGAAGCGCUGGGCCUCGCGUCUGUGCGUUGCCCUCACCUAUUCGCUCGCCCAGCUAGGGUGCACGUUGCUCAACCCCCUCCCAUCCUCACAGGACGCGGUGCCAGUAGCGGCGGCGGCGGUGGGAGCCUCUACCGCACAAGGUGGGCCGCAAACAGCUGCGGCGUCGCCAAGACCGCCGUACCUGAGCGUGCUGCGUAACGGUCAGCGCCGCCCGAAAACAGAGCGCGACGCUCUCAUCAAGAAUCUUCAAGGCGGCGUUGGUGUGCUUAGCCGUGUGUUCGAGGAGCUGCAGAUGAAGGACGUCUCGGCGUUGCGUGUAGUGCGUGAUGAGCAGCUGCGCGAAACGGAGCGGCAGGUGAUGGCUGCCUGCUGUGCACUGCUACUGCCGACGCAGGCAUUGCGUGAGGCCACUCCCGAGAGCCUUCUUCCUGCAUUCCAGCUGGUGCUCAAGCUGCGGCCGUGGUGUCUGUCGAAGCGGCAGGAAUCGAAGGAGUACGUUACCAAGAUGCGGGAGCGCGCUGUGUUUCUGGCCUUGUUCGAGCCGAUUGCUGAGGUGGGCGACGACGAGGUCGGCACGGGGCAGGCGGGAGCGACUUCUUCCUCUGCCUCGUCGAGGACCCGCGCCGGCAGCACAUCUAACUCGCAUGCUGCACAAUUGACGCAGCGGCAGAAAUGGCGGCGGCUCUUCAAGAGCUGGAAGGCCAUGCGGCAACUUAAGGCGCUGAUGUCGUCGCGUGAGGAAGCGGCGGACCUGAACGUCGGCGCCGAGAUCGUUGCCUGCUUCCAAAGUGAGAUGAGUACGUCAGAGAUGGAGAGCGCCGUGGCGUGGCGUUCGAAGAAGGCGCAGUAUCGUCUUGUUGGCCUCCAGCUUCUGUGGCAGCUCACCGAGGAGGCGCGGCACAGUGCGCUGCUUGCGCGUGUGCUGCACCCCGUGAUUGCGCGGACCCUGUGUGGCUGGCACUACGCUGACGGCGUCGACGGAUGCUCAGUGGAGCAGCUCACUCGACUGCAAAGCGCCUUCUUUCUGCUGCUUGAGGCGGCUGUGAAGGCGUACGAGGAGGUGCGGAAGCAGGCGCAGCCGUGGGUGCUGCUGUUGGCUGCCCUUUUUUCAUGCCCGUUCCGACGCACAGAUUUGCGCAAGUUGCGAACCACCAGCGCCUCCGCUGAGGUGAUGCACCGUCUCUGGACUGCUGACGGGUCCCCGGAGCUGCUGUAUGAGCGAGUGAACGGCUCUUUGCCGCGGGCGCUGCGGGCCACGAAACUCUCUCCGAUCGGGUGUGCCUCCACCAUGACGGUCGGGGCUGCCGGCCUGACGCUGUGUUCCUCCGGCGGCCGCGGCAGCUGCGUUGCGCCAUGCACCUGGAAGAAGUCGGUACGCAAGGAAGCCGCAUCGUACUACUACGAGGUUCAAGUGGUGGAUCUGUACCAGGGCGGGUACGUGAGCGUUGGUCUGGGGCCGACGGACUACAGUCUCUCGCAGAUGCCAGGCUGGGACCCAGAUUCAUUCGCGUACGACGGACUGGAAGGGGCCGUGUACCACAACCGCAACGCGCGCGUGAUCGGCUCUACCUUCGGUAUGGGUGACGUUGUCGGUUGUGGUUGGGACCGCGAGGCGGGCGACAUUUUCUGGACCCGUAACGGCAAGUCUGUUCACUCCGUCAAGGCUCUGGUGACGUUGGAGCAGCUCAGCCCGCUCAUAGGCAUGAAGGGAAAAGGCUGUGUUCUCGUGAACUUUGGGGCGCGCCCGUUUGUUUACCAGAACUGGCCUGUAAAAGCCGCCGGAGCUUCUUCGCGUGUGGUGUCGCCAACAGAACUAGCUUCCGGCGCGCGCCACUUGGGCCCGCGUCUGGAGUUGGAGGUCUCAUGGGACGGAUGGGGUGCGUUCCGCCUCUUAUCUAUGCGCGCGGCGAAGGUGACCGGCGAGGCUGCGUCCCAGGGCGCCUUCAUUGCACCCACAUCGAUGCCAGAGCUCGCGGAAACGGUGGGGCGCUGUCUCGAUGCUCUCGUGGGCGCCUUGGCCUCCUCGGCAGAGGUGAGCCUUUCACAGCUGCCGCUUCCAGCCCGCUAUGUGACGACCUUGCUCGGCCAUUUGACACUCCUGUGCAAGCUUCUUCGCGGCGUGCCAGGAGACGUCAUCUCCAUCCACACCAGCCGCGUUGCAGCGCUGCUUGCGAAGAUGGCGACGCGGUGGCUCUUGACCACCUCACGUGUCGUCCUCUUCGGCGCUGAGGAGAGCGAGGCGGUGACGGCGCUUUUAAUGGCGUGGUACUACACGAUGUAUCUAACACCACCGACAGUUAUUCUCGCUCCCGCUCCAACCGGCAAUCCGAGAAAGGUGGAUGCUACAAGCGCCGCCAAGCCGAGCUCGCGUGCGGCGCGCGCCGCGCCGUCCAAUGCCGCAACUGCCUGGCCAUCUCCUCCAUCGCUGCCCAACUUCCUUCACGUGCUCCUUCAGUUGGCCAGCUGCAUCAUUACCACUGGCGACGCGCGCAUGUCCGCCUCCGAAACUCGGCAUGCUCUGGAGAGCAACGCAAACGUGAGCGUGGUAACUUCCUGCGACACGGCGCACUGGCUCGCGUUGUCGCUGCUGCAGCACCUCAACAACGACCGCGACGAGCGCAGUCAUCACGCAUGGCAGACGGAGUUACAUGCGUGGCUCAUGCACACGCUGAAAACCGGCCCGCAGAUUCCUGAAGGGGAUCAGGGAAAGGGUAGUGGUGACAAAGCCAAGACGCGUGACAUUCUGCUCGGCCUUGCCAUCCUUGGUGGCAUACCCCGACUGGCUGUGCCGGGUGAUACGGUUAUGGCACAUCUCUCCACGCACACCAUCGCACCUGUGCUGCUCCUGCAUGCCUCGUGGUCGGAGGAGAUGUGCGAAGUUCUGGAGGUGCAUGCAGGCGAUGCGUCAAAGGCGGCGGUGAAAGCCUCGACAACCGCACAGCCCGCCAUGGCUACUCACGUCAUCAAGAGGCUCCCGCUGCGUUUCGUGCACGCCACCCUGGGCGGGGAAGAUCCUCUCACUGACACCUUUCCCAUCAAGGGGGACAAGGCGCACCUGGAGCUCGCCGAGGCGGUGGCGCAGCUGGCGCAGGUGUGGUUUCUAACGGUGACGCCGGCGACACGGUCGAGUGAGGAUGCGUGUCUUGUCGCCCAGUUGUCCUACGUGCUGGUUCGCUGUGCGGAACGCCGCGUUGUGUCGGUGUCGCCGCAGCUAAUCGACUCUCUCUCGGUGUUGAUCGGCAUGGCCAACGAUGUCGCGUCCAACAUGGACCAGGUUCGGCUAGAGCUCGUGCUGAGCUUGUGGGGCCUGCUCCAGUGCCGGCAGCGGCGCGGGCUGCUCCGAAACUCGCUCAGCGCGAUGCGGACGGACCGCGGAGGUUGGGUUGCCAGCGACGAGAGGGAGCAGCUGGGAUGUCGAGGGAACGCAGGGUGCAGCCUCGUGCGGGUUGGCGACAGCGUCGCUUCCCCUACGGCCUCUUCAUCGAUGCGGCUGCGGACCUUUGCAGCCCUCGAUCCUCUACGUCACCAUCUGCUGGGCCCCGUCCCCAACGAGCCGGACAUGACCUACGAGGAGGAGGAAGACGAGGGCAGUGACCCGGAGGAGGACGACGACUCCGAGUUCGGAACACGCUCCCCGUACCCCCUGCACGGGAUGGACGACCUCGACGAGGAGGAUGGCGCUGACGACGAAGACGCGGAGCCGUCUAGGCUUGCCACCAUCGCUUUCGCGCAGACGGAAUCGCGUCUUUCGGCGUCCUCUACGCCAGAUGCCCUGUUUUUGCCAACCGAGCGAGAAAUGUUCGACACUAUUCACUUCAACGGCGGGUGUGUGCGUCUAGUGGCUGGUGCUCCGGUAGGGCUGAGCUUCACCGUGGAUCUUGCCCUGCGCAUGACGAACAUAGAGCGCCAUCAAAUCCUCUUUGCGCAGAUGCUGCGCGGCGGCUCGGCUGCAACGGUGCUGGAGAUGGUGGCCCGCAUUACGAGGGGCAACUUGGAGUUUGGGUGGUUCCCGUGCUUCCCUGGCGGCGAAGCGGAGUUGGACCCUGCCGACCCGGCAACGAUUUGCUCAUUUGCCUUGUCUGAGACCGACCUCAACACGUGGAUCCGCGUCACCUUUGUGCAAUCCGGCACUACCCUGUCUCUCUUUCGUGGCGGCCUGCUGCUCGACUCCCGGCCGAUGAAGACUGGCGGCGGUUCUCUUUUGCAGGAGGAGCUGCGACUCGGGGGCAUUCCUCAGCAACUCGGCUCCAGCGCCUUCAUCGGUGACAUCAAGAACUUUCGGGUGUAUGAGCUCGCCUUGCGGCCGGCCAUGGUGGAGCAGCUGCGACGCCUGAACUCGUCUUUGUCGAUGUUUUUGGAGUCACAUCUGGCGCUGCUGCUGAAGACGACGCGAGCCGGUGUCGAGAACGCAGCAAAGGCUGCCGCAUCGGUUGUGCUGGACGUCUGGACGGAGGGGGACGUGGGCUACCUUGACGAGUCCGAAGAGGCAGCCGCUCGCCACAUCCAGGCUCGCGAGGCGUGCGCGCAGGAGCUGGACUUUGGCACGGAGUCGGAAGAGACUAACCUUCGUGUGCUUAGUGAGCCGUUGCCGUCGCAGCAGUCUGUGCUGUGGCACAAGAAGCGUUCCCAGUCUCGUGAGCAGCUGCUCAGCAUGUGCGCAAGCUGCUAUCACCAACUGGCAGCCUUCUACAGUGCACACAUUUUGGCCCAUGCGGUGUGCCGCGUGGUGAAGUCCUCCCACGGCUUGUCCGAAUCGGAUCAGCACACCAUGCAAGUCCUCAAGGACGACGCCUGCGUAGCGCGGUUGGCAGAUUGGGCUGUGUCGACGUCAGGCAAGGAUAUGGCGACGCUGCUGGACGAUAUGUGGCUUUCUCUGUGCCGCGUGAGCGGCGACCGCACCGAGGAUGCCGCGAAAGUGAAGGCAAUGUGGGAGAUGGGGAACGCAUUGCUGGCGGAGCUGCUUCGCAUUGCCCAGCGGUCGCCGCACGCUCGCAUAUUUGAGUCGGCGCACCCUCAGCGGCCGUUUGCCUCGAAUGUGUACGAGGUGCAGGUGCCAGGGCAGCGCUCCUACGCUGUGUUUGUGGAUGAACGGAGCGUGGCGAGCUGGCGACUUAUAACCGUCUCCGCUGACCGAACGUUGGGUGCGAUGCUAUCCGAGUUUUGCAGCACGGCACUCUCCUCGUUUGAGGUGUGUUUGCCACAGUUCUUCCUGACGGUGCGAUCGGCAGCGGAGUCGUCCAACUGGGGCCAUCGCAUCGCUGUCGUUCACGAUUACCAACCGCAGCUGCGGGCGAUGCGUCUCUUUCGAAGCGCGCUCUCCGCCUUUCUCACACUCGACUCACCGGCGAGCUCCGCGGUGGCGUACGUUUGGUCGGUGGAGUGCCUCAUGGCUCUGCGCACCGUGGCGCAGCGGAACACUAGCAAAACACGACUCCUCGCUUUCACCUGCCUCAACCAUCUGCUUUUGUUCAGCCAGCGCUUCCGCACGACCCCGCCGCCACUGUCAUUGCCGUUGCUCCUGCACGACGUCCGCCGCAUGGCCUUGCGCCACUACCGCCGCCGCCUCCCUACACAGCGCGUGCUGGGCCGCUUCAUCCAGAUGAGCAUGGAGAGCUACGUCAUGCAGCGGGAUGCAGCCCAGUGCUGGCAGGCCGCACGAACGCCGCAAGCGCCCGAGUGCUCCCCACCAAGCAUGGACUCUGGUGCGGAUGAUAGGACCACCGCCGAGGGUGCACCGUUGCCGACGGACGCCAGCGCAGAGGAGAGCGGGGCCACGGCGGAUUUCCUGCGUCACCGUCAAGAGCAAAUGCAGCUGUACCGCCAGCGCGACACUGCUGCAGACCGAGUGAGCAUCCAGAAGGUUCGCAACCCACAGAGCCUCUCGCUCGAAUGGAGCGGCGACGGGGUGUGCAUUCUGCGGAGCGAUGACACCGGAGGCGCAGUGGUGGCCGGGGUGCCGCUCACGGCUGGUAGAUGGUACUACGAGCUGCGCAUCGGCGGAACAGGCGACCUUUCAGUUGGUGUGUUGCCUAUCCCGUCCUCUGCCUUCGCUGACCAGGAGACGCCGCUGCCGCUGACGAGCGCUGCAAUGCAGGGGCGCGAGCCGGUCACCUUCAACGGCUGCACUGGUGUGUUUCACUGUGCGGAGCAGCAGCAACUGCCUUUGCAGCAGAGGCCGCUAAGCACGCCGCUGUGGUUCAGCAGGGAUUAUCUGGGAAUCAUCAUCGACAUACCGGUGCAGCGGUGCACGAUUCUCGUGAACGGGGUCCAGACGGUGAGCUUCACUUUUGGGCCAGAGGCAGCCCCCAGCGAAGGCGCCGCUGCUGCCUUCCCCUCACCUUCUUCCACAAUACCCUUUUUCUACAACAACGGCGGAGAUACGGGUUCUUCCAACGCAGCGGAGGCGCGGCACGAGGGUGGUGACACCAGCCACAGCAGUCAUCACCCCAGGCACCGCUCGGUGGAGCGCAGCUCAGCAUCAGUUGCCUACUACCCGUAUGUGUCGAUGGGGCAGGCGGACUCGGUGUCGCUCAAUUUCGGGGCGGCCUACUUCGAGCACGAGGUGCCGUCUGGCUGUUUGCCCUUGGACCCGGCCAACCUUUCUCUGGGCACGAUGUUCCCAUACAACCAGAUGCGCUCACUGCAGGACCUCGCCGCCCACCUCCUCACCGGUGGCCGGUAUCCCCUGCCACCGUUCUACUACGAGGAGGCCGACCCGUUUGCUGGUUCCACGGAGCGGGUGGGUCCGGCCCACGUGUCAGUGCAGGCCUCCGCAAAUGUGCAGGUGAACAUGGAGGACGUGAAGAACACCGGUCUCGAUUUCGAGACCGUGACGGGGGACUGCGCAGUGGGGGCCGGCGCCUGGUACUUUGAGGUGACCUUGCGGACCCAGGGGCUGAUGCAGAUCGGGUGGAUGCAGAAAGGCGAGGCUCCGCACGGCAAUGGCCACGGCGUCGGGGACUCCUCCACCUCCUGGUCGGUUGACCUGUUUCGACGCGUGAUGUGGCAUCGCGGGGUACCGGAACCGGUGAACAUGCCGCGGCGAUGGGCUGCCGGGGACGUGGUGGGCUGCGCCGUGGACAUGGCCCACGGCGAACUAAGCUUCUUCCUGAACGGCCGCCCCAUCACCGGAGCCUCUGCUCUCGAGUCCCGAUCGCCUCUGAUGGAGACGUGCACCUUUCACGGCAUCCCGCAGGGGCUUUAUUACGUCCCGGCUGUGUCGCUCCGCUCUGGAGGUGCCGUGAGCUUCAACUUCGGCUCCUCGCCAUUCAAGUACAAGCCGGAGGGCUUCAACCCACUCGGCGUGCCGGACUCGUGGAAUGAGCGGAUGGACACGUUCUACAACAACGCGUCGACGGUGAGUACGCAGCAGCGCAUGGCGGCGAUGCAGGAGGCGUGGCGAGUGCUGCGCAGCGUGCACCCCGCGAUGGGCGCCAGCGCGACCGCUGCCGUGACUGUCGACAGAGCUCCUCUUGCCUCACGUACGCCAGCCACUGCACCGACACCAGCGGCACGGUCGUGGUCCAUGGACGCUUUUGAGAAGAACUUGCUUCCAUAUCGCCUUGUCGUCCACGCCAUCGACAACUUCUCGAGCGACGUCACGAAGUCGUUCACGAAGAACGCCGAGGAUGAGCUGGUCCAUUACCUCGCCACCUUUGCGUACCCCGACAAUAGCAGCAGCGGGGUCAGCGCGGCUGCGGUGGCGGAGCGCGCGUGGGAUAUGUUCAAGGUGCUGAAAGCCGUCAGCAAAGUUGUCCACGCCCUUCUUCCGUUUCUGUCCCUCAACAUCACCCACCCGACGCUCAUGACCCUUUUGUUUCUGUCGCUGCGCACGCUGCUGUUCCGCGCAGUGCGGCGAAAGCUUGUCGAGAGUGUGCUUACCGUGUCCUCGGUGCGCUCCGAGCAGUACCGCAUCUGCAUUAACCGUGCCAAGGCGCACGCGGAGAGGCAGUCGGUCAAGUCUUCUGUUUUCGGUCAAACCUUCGCCCUGCUGGGCUCCCAGUCGUCACGCAUUUUUCAGACUCACCAACGCUUCUGGAACACCGUCUUCCUUGGUGAGGGUGCCGAGGACGCGGGCGGUCCGUUCCGCGAGCAUCUGAGCGAGAUGUGCCGCGAGCUCAUGUCCGGUCGUCUGCCGUUCUUUGUGCCCACCGCAAACCAUGUGCACAACACUGGAAGCCACCGCGACGCGUACGUGCCGGCCGCUUCUGCCCGUUCCGCCUACGACCUAGAGGCGUUUGCGUUCAUUGGCAAGCUGAUGGGUGGUGCGCUGCGGAGCGAGGACCCUCUCGAUUUAUUCCUGCCGCCUCUGGUGUGGCGCUACUUGUGUGCCUACCCCAUCACAGAGGCGGAGGUUGAGCAGGUGGAUGUGAUCUGUGUGCAGUGCGUUCGUGAGUUCCGCGUCCUCAGCGCCACACACGCGGCUGCAGCGGUGGCGGAUGCGGAUGAGGCAGGGGGCACCGAGACGGAGCUGUUCGAGGACGUUUUCGGCGAAGAGUUCUUCGUGACACAGCUGAGCGACCACUCGACGAAGGAGUUGAUCGAGGGAGGCGCCCAGACGCGGGUGACGUUGGCGCGCAGCAGCGAGUACGCCGAGGCGUUGCUGCAGGCGCGACUCCACGAGUUCGAUUUGCAGCUGCAUAAAAUGCGAGAGGGACUGCUCUCCGUGGUGCCGGAGGUGGCCGUGUUGCUCUUGACCCCAGAUGAGUUGGAGCUCCGCGUGUGUGGGCAGGCGGACUACACGCCAGAGGAGCUGCGCAAGGGAGCCUCGUACGAAGGCUUGACAAGCGAGGAUCGGCGUGUGCAGCUGCUAUGGAAGGCUCUGGAGGAGGCCACGCCGCUGCAGCGGCGACUCUUUCUCCGCUUUGUGUCAGGACGCGAUCGGAUGCCGGUGAAGCUGCGCAUUCUGCCCCUCACCACGCAGGCCGAUGCCGACACAGUUCUUCCGCGUGCGGCGACGUGCUUCUUCGCGAUUGAGGUGCCCGACUAUAGCACGCUAGAGGUGAUGAAGCGGAAGCUCUACUACAGCAUUGAGAACUGCGCUGAUAUGGACACGGACUUCAACGCCCGCGCUGUGGACGAGGACGAGGGCCCACAGCUGUCCGUCGCCCUUGACGAUGGCCAGCAGGACAUCAUACCGCCUAACUUGGAGGAUGAAUAA